AUGAAUCAUAACAAAUCUUUUAAUUCCAGCAGUCACACGAGAAAGAAUCAUCACCAAUCGAAUAAUCAAUCAUCAUCAUCAAAUAAUUACACAUCAAGAACAAUACAUAUUGGAAAUAUUUCUAGUUAUACGACCGUAGAAUCACUUCAAUUAUUAUUUUCAAAAUAUGGUCAAGUAACAAAUAUUAAAUUAGCUGGUGAUCCUUCCUAUGCUAAGAGGUUUGCAUUCGUUGAAUUUGUAGAUCAUCACCAAGCUAAAUUAUCCCUAAGUUUAGAUGGUACCGAGUUUAUGGGACAAAAUUUGAAAAUCUCUAUGGCUAAACACGAUUUUAAUAGCAAACAAAAUUCUGCCUCCACAAAUAAUAAUAAUAACAAUGGUAAUAAUGGCAAUUUAACUCCACUUAUUGAAAAGCCAGUUGUGUUUCCCCCACUAAUUACUCCUCAAAAUAAUAACAAGAAGAAAACAGAUCCGAUCAGAAAGAAGAAGGUAGAAUCACCAGAAACUUCCACUCUCCCACCCAAUUAUCUGCCACCAAGCCCAUCGUCACUUUAUCUGGGUGGACUUUCUCCAAUAUCAAAUAGUAGCAUUGUAGAUGCUAACUCUGCUGCAAGUAGAACAAUUCACAUUUCUGGGAUUGAUAGUUCAUUUUCUGAAGAUGAAUUAUUGGAUUACUUUAGUGUAUAUGGCGAUAUUACUAACUAUAGACUGUGUAAUAAUGACCAACAAUCAUCUAAUUCUAACACACAACUACAAACCAAGUUUGCUUUCAUUGAAUAUGCCACAACUGAACAGUCACUUAAGGCUAUAAUGGUUAAUGGUUCACUUUGGGGAAAAUCUAAACUCAAGGUAUCUCACUCAAAAACUGCCAUUCAAACACCACCUAAGAAGUCACUAAUUGAUAAACAAUAUAGAGACCUAGUCGAGAGGACAAUUCAUGUGGGUGGCAUUGACGUAAAACUAUCACAAGAUCAUGUUAAAGCAUUUUUUGAAGAAUUAUGUGGAGCCAUUCACAGAAUUGCUAUGGCUGGAGAUACAGAAUCAUACGAAACAAGAUUUUGUUUUAUUGAAUUCGAAGAUAAGCAAAGUACUUUGAGAGCUUUAAGAUUAAGUGGAUGUACAAUUGCAGGAAGUGUCAAACAAAUCAAAGUAAGCCCUUCAAAAUCACCUAUUGGAUAUUCCAAAAACAACACCACCAUCUCCACUACACCAUCAACUCAAUCAACUUAAUUUAAACACACCAACACUUUCCCCACAUCAUCAACUUCACACAUCUACACCACCUUCUUCUAUAACAACUGUUUUACCAAAUGGAAUGGUUGCUAUGGCCAUUCCACCAAAUGCACUUACCUCAACCACUUCUAGUAAUAUUACAACUGGUAUUUAUAAUACUUCACAAAACACUACCACUUCCAAUGCUACAACAUUCCCAACUGUUUUUCCGUAUGCUCAGUGGGCCUUGACACAACCAUCACAACAAAUAUACACAACUACUCAACCAAAUCCAUCAGGUGUGUUAACAAACACACUUACAAAUCAAGGUAAUAGCUCAAUAGACACAACACAAGCAUCUUUUAUUACAUAUCCACCACAAAUGAUACCACAAUAUUAUUUUUACACAAAUCAAUUCCCUUACUUGGCAAUACCACCAAACUACACAAUCAACACUAACAAUAUUUCCAAUCAAGAUGUAAAUAACAUUGAAGAAGAUUCAGAAAAUGUAAAAAGAAAACGAGACCAACACGAAACAUUGGAUGAGACAUCCAAUGUUUUGUACCAAAAGAAAUUAAAGGAUAAGUAAAUAAAAUUAUUUUUACUUCAU